AUGGAGGUCAACCUCGAAAACCUGGAGAGAGAGACUUCCUCCUAUGGCGAAAAAACCAAAGAUUCUGUGGAAACCCGGAAGUUCUUCAUAGAAAACGGGAUACAGGAAGACCCCCUGACCCCCGACCAGGAGAAAUACCUCGACAGUGCCAACAAACAGGCUUUACGUAGUUUCAUCAUCAUAAGCACCAUCACUCACACAGAGACAGUGAAAAAGCACAAUGUCAGGGCGAAAGAAAAGGAGGACGUGGAAGCCUUAGAGACAGGAGACGUGGACAUCAAGGCGACCCUCCUUGAGAUGGGUAACUCCUUCGACGAACAGAUGGCGAAGGAGAAGGCGGAGUAUUUGGCGGCGCUGAAUAAACAGGUGGAGAUAAAAUUUAAAUUAUUCACGCAUGUAGAUGUUACUGCAUGUGUGACUCUCAAUGAAAUCGCCGCCCAAGAGCUCGAGACCCACCGGAAGCAACGAGACCAGCUGGCGGAGGAGGUGGCGGAGCUGGAGGAGCGCGCCAGUACCCUUCAGGCGAUGUACAAGACCCACGAUGAACUGCUGAGUCGUAUCUUCGGGGGUGAAUAUGGCUCUGUCAUGGAGAACCAACUCGAGGCCGAGCUCGACGAACUCGAGGCCCAUCGCGCUCGGAUCAUGGAGGCCAACUUCAAGUGGCGUCAAGCGCAGAUGAUGCUUGAAUACGCAUGCAAGCAGUUGGCAGUCGCGGUGCAGAAGUGGCAGGAUCUUCCGACUAUACCCACUAUAGACCUCGAGAUCCGGUACAGCGUGGCGGCCGAGACGAGGAACAACCUGGUGGCGGCGAGUCAGAACAUUAACGGGGCUCAGCGGUACCUCGAUAACGUGAACUUCCCCUAUUGCGCGCCCGAGGAAGUUGAUACACUUAAUAAAGCAACAGAGUACGUGUUCACGGACAUGCAGAGUCAGGACCGGCACGAACACGCCCAUACCUGCUACUCGACCACGCACAAACGGGCCAACGCGCUGCUACAGUGGUUCGAUACGGUGAUCAACACAACGAUCAUGAAGGACUUGCAAGAAAUCAACGAGAAAGUCAAGGAGAAAACUCUCGAGCUGCGCAGGGAGCGAGUGCGUCUCAUCCAGGAGAAGGUGCGAGAGCUGUGGGGAACCGACAUCGAGCUCGACGGCACUCUCCGCGGCGCCGAGCUGGACCUGGAGCAGCUGUCGAAGGCCAAUCUGACGGACGGGCAAGUGGUCAAGCUGGAAGGGAACGAGGUACGGGGACGCUAG